AUGGCUCCAAACGUCACGCGUUUCCAUAGCUGUACGCGAUGUCAGCAUCGCAAGGUUAAAUGUGAUGGCGCAGAUCCGUGUGCGACUUGUCAAAAAGCCAACGCCGAAUGCACACGCAACCAUCGCAAUUCGCUGGCUACAAGACGAAGGAGGGAAGGUCUUAUAUCCGGACAUGCAAGAUUUCAAGUGCAGCCUGAGCCCGAGCAGACAGGUUCAUCCGCACCUAUAGAGCUUCCGUCCUUCAGUGACUUAAUCUCUCCGCCCGCAAGUGACAGCACACGACAAAUCCCGAUAUCAAGUACGCAAACUCCUGCAGAUCACGGCGAGCCUCUUAGGGUAGAAUCUGUUUUAUUCAGCCAUCCGCCUGAUCAGGUAUCGCCAAAACUCGCAUGGCCUCAGCCAGUACAGAUCUUCCAGCUAUGGCAGACCUACAUCGACAAUGUCAAUCCUAUGGUCAAUCUACUGCAUACACAAACUAUGCAACGCUUGGUACUCCAGGCGACUGGCUGUCAACAAGAAGACUUGCCCAAGCCCUCUCGAGCACUGCUCUCGUCUGUAUUCCUCGCUGCCGUCGAGUCCCUUAGCGAUGAAGAAUGCUUCAAUCUUAUGAUGUUACCUAAGCAUGAAUGCAUUCGUGGACUAUUCGAAAUGACCAAGGAGUGCCUUCUUGUUGUCAACUUUAUGGAUACCGCAACAACAGAACUGCUUCAAGCACUUGUUUUGUAUCUGAUGGCCGCUCGGCAGCACAGUUCUCCUCAGAGUCUUUGGCUGGUGAUAGGUGUUGCAGUCAGACUAGCUCACCGCUUGGGCAUCCACCGAGAGAGAAAUCUCCAAGGCAUGACUGUCUUUGCAGCAGAGAUGAACCGCAGGAUUUGGUGGCAGGUCUAUUUACUGAAUCGCCAUUAUGUCAAUCUGUGCGAAGACAUCGACAGCAGUGAUCCAGCUCACGUUCUGAUUUUUGACACCAAACGACCACUCAACCUCAACGAGGCAGACCUUCAUCCAGACAUGACUACAUUGCCUCCUGAGAGACAAGGUAUGACAGACAUGGUGUUUUGCUCAAUCAGAUAUGAGAUCGGCAGUUUUGUCCGGAAUCUCAGUCUCAAUGUCGAAGGCCAAAGUAGAGUACAAGCGAUCCAGCAGUUGGAAGCCCGUCUUGAGGAAAAGUAUGCCAGACAUUGUGACGGCUCAAUACCACUUCAACGUGUUUCCAGAUGCCUUGUUAAAACAACUGGAUAUCGUCUCGCUCUUCGACAUUGCCAUUCUACGCAUGGCGUGAAUGAUAACUUGGCAACAGGAGAUCGGCGUCAAGCUUUUGAUACAGCUCUGUUGCUUCUACAGACUCAGCAUUCGAGCUGCGCCAGUCAGAUGUUGGACCGCUAUAGAUGGCACACGAAGCUAUUCUAUUGCUUCGAAGCCCUCUUUCCCGUACUCCACACUCUAGCAUUCCAGGAGCUGAGUGAGCCGACAGCGAGUGAGGCAUGGCAACAAGUUUCGCUUGCGUAUCGUUUCAACCCAGAACUGCUAAGCUUCGAGCACAAGAGCUUCUACAGCAACUACUGUCGCAGCCUCGACAGUCUGGCUCUCAAAGCUUGGAGUCGUAGAGCCUCGACUGAUGACUGUAUGCCCGAUUUUGUGCAGCAGAUACAGCUACGGCAAGGUCGACCAAAUGGACAAGAUGCUGUCGAGAAUUUGAGCACGCAUGUCCAACAGACCGCGCAAUCACCACAGCAUGCAGCAAACGGAUACCCUUCGACCGUUGAGAUUGAUGGAGAGACAUGGGAAUACUGGCUCAAUAUCUUUGACAACGAAGAGCUGCUCGGAAUAUGA